CAGAACAAACCACAGACAAGAUACACUGUAUAUUUGAAAUAAAAUGAAAAAUAAAGAGAUAUGUAUAUUAAUAGCUAAAUAAAUAAAUGAUCAAAACAUACCAAAUAUCAUAUCACAGUUAUAAGACACUUAUACGAAUUAGUUAAACAAACUAAAAUAAGUAAAUAAUAAAACGCUGUUAGACACUUGGCUGAAAAGGAAUGUCUUAAGUUUGUUGUUAAAAAACAUAGAUUCUCUCUGCAGGUCUUCAGAUGUGGACAGUAGCAACAAGAAACCAGCUUCACAAUACGUUUUUGUUUAUGUUUUAGGAACCUUAAAACACUACUACCUAAAGACCUUGAUAGAUAGAUAGAUAGAUAGAUAGAUAGAUAGAUAGAUAGAUAGAUAGAUAGAUAGAUAGAUAGAUAGAUAGAUAGAUAGAUAGAUAGAUAGAUAGAUAGAUAGAUAGAUAGAUAGAUACUUUAUUAAUCCAGGAGGGCAAUUAAAAAAAACAGAGGCUGCACCAAUAAAACACAGUACACAUUCCACAAUAUGUUACAAUACUUACACUAAAUACCACAUAAAUAAAAAAUUUAUGUGGUAUUUAAAGGACAUAAACAUGACCAUAACAAUCCGAAUAAGAAAUACUUUAAUAAUUCCCUGGGGGACAUUGCUUUUGUCACAGUACUCCAGUGCAAAUACUGUAAAAGAGGAGAUAAAUAAUGGAUACGUGAAAAUAUAGAGAUAAAUAGAUAAAAUAAGUAAACAUAUAGAGAUAAUAUACAAGUAUUUACACUAUAAACAACACAAAUAGUAAAAUGGUAUGCACAAAAAGCAGUAGUGCAGGUUACGAAGGCAUAUUAACCAUUGCGAAUUGAUGCCGUAUUGCAAAAAAAGGAGGCGUAUCUGUACUAAUAAAUCUGAUAAAUAAGUUUUUGACUGUUAAGAGCUUUAUCAGCAACAACAAAAAAGAUGCUGGUUGCCGGUGCAGAGACUUUAAAGUUGAUGUAAUGUUGGCUUCUCCUCUGGUUUAUGUCAACAUUAUUGCACCUGAGGAAAAAACCUGAACAGUUAUUUAUUAAGGAGAUCAGAAAAAACCUGAUAACUUUACAAGUUACAAAAGCAAGCUGCCUGUAGACCGUGUCAAGUAAGAAAUAAUAUCAGAUAAGAAGCACAGUUAUGAUCGGCUGCAGGUACCAAACUGUCACGUGUAGAGCUCUUUUCCGGUUGCUGCGGUCCUGUUCACAGUAAAACAGUAGUCAUAAGAUAUGCCUGAUCAGAAUGACAUAAACAGUGCGAUACAUAAUCGAAUUUAAAAAUAUAACUGCCUAAUAGCGCAUUUAAAGCAAUUAAUUAGCAGAGAUCUGAGGUAAUUUUCACAAAGUUUGGAUAAUGAGAUAACAAGAUUUUAUUUCAGCUGUACAGGCAUUGCUGUGGACGCCUGCUUACCCAAAAUUUUAGCGUGACCUCUACUGCAGUUGAAAAUACUCAGGAACGGAGGCUGGAACCAUUGAAUUCUGACCAUAUAGCCCCCUUUCUGCGAUGACACGGUGACACUUUGAAUGAAAAACCCUUUCAUUUUUUGCACCACCAUCGCAAGAAGGGCUUAUGUGCUGCUCGCGGCUUGAUUUUCGGCUCGGGGUGCUCAGUGUUGUCGGGGUAGAGUCCGUUUCAGCUGCACUGCAUCAACAUGGUGAGCGUUACCUCCUGAACCCUGCUGUUUCUUUAUUAUUUCUCAUAAUUUAUGGAGUUUAACUGAUGUAUGGAUGCUGUCUGGAUUCCUGCUUGACAUAGCCCAUCCAUUGAAGCUAUAAGACAGUUUCGUGUUGUGGUUUCAGGGAUGCGUUAGCUUAGCAUGUUAGCCUGAGCAGGUGCCUGCAGCCGGCUGGUCAGUGAAGCUGUUAGGGACGUUUGAGUAUGUGAAUUUACUGCUUUAAAAGAGGUUCAGUCUACUUAGAUUUCUGACUUUAGUCACUAUACAACAGGACAGAAGCUACAGAGAAAAUAUUCACACUUGUAGAAUCAUUUUAUCUGGUGUUUAGCAUGUAUGUUAUUGGUAUUAGGGAGAGGGGCAGGUGUGUUCACUCACCUGUCCAAUGUGACCUCAGGAUGACCUCUGCAGGGCGUUUGUUUAACAUAUCAUUUCAUCAUGAUAGCAAUAUUGCACCCACUACACUUCUACAUGAGUAAUUUGGAGAUUGACUUGUCUGAAAUGCAGUUUUUAUAGUGUUUUUGUACCCACCUCACUUUAACUUUCAUCUAACACUAACAGGUUUAAAGAAGGACUCAAAACUCUCCUUUUUAGCACAACUUUUGGUCCCUCCUCAUAAAUUCGUGCAUAUCUUGCUUUUAUACUUUUAAUGAUAUGUUUCUCUUGUUUUUUCUUAACCAGUUCCUAUACUGCAACAUUUCUUUGCUUUUAAGAUGUACCCCUCUGAGGUCAUUUGAUGUAAAGGGCACUACAAAUAUUUUCUAUUUCUAUUUUCUACUUAUUUAUCUUUAAAGAUGGGAUCAGGGCAGCACAGUGAUGUAGUGGUUAGCACUGUCGCCUCAAAGCAAGAAGGUCCUGAGUUCAAAUCUGGCUCAAGUGUUUCUGUGUGGAGUUUACGUGUUCUCCCUGUGUCUGCGUGGUUUUACUCCAGGUACUCCAGUUUCCUACAACAUCCCAAAAACAUGCCUUAGUGGGUUUAGGUUAUUUGGCCACUUUCAAAUUGCCUGUAGGUGUGAACGUGAGCAUGGAUGGGUGUUCGUCUCUAUAUGUCAGCCCUGAGAUGAACUGGCGAAUUGUCCAGGGUGUCCCCUGCCUUCGCCCAAAGAUGCUGGGAUAGGCUCCAGUGCCCCCACGACCCAAGGAACGGGAAUAAGCGAUAGAAAAUGGAUGGAUGGAAAAUGGGAACAGUAUAUAUUGAUGAACAGUUACAUGAAAAUAUUUGGGAUUAUAUCCAAAUGGCUAAUUGCCAUCCCCAGUCCCAUUGGCAGGUUGAUGUGAAACAUAAAAGCAAUAAUGUUAAAAGUACAAACAACAUGACCAAGACAGUAGAACAACGCACUGACAACAUACACAUAAAAUACAUAAUCAACGUACGCAGACAGAAAACUAAGUGACCGAUAGUAAGGGGACCAAAAAGAUUAAAGGAGAAUUUUAAAGUGCUUAAGUGCUAACUAGUGUGUCAUGUGCUAAAGGUGUUUAAAGUGCAAUUUGCUACAGUACAGCUUGUUAAAGUGACGAGUGUAUAAGUCCGAAAUUACAUUGAAUUUGCUCAAUGCCCAUAGCACACGAUUUCACUAGCAGAUGUGUGUCUAAAAUUGCACAUGGUUUGUAUACAUAAAUGUAUUAUGUAUACCAUUUAGUAACAAAUUUGCAUACAUGAAUGACGAUAUGACAAUACACUAGAACAAAUUAAGAGUGGUACACCAAAAGCAAUUAGCCAAUUAGACAUGACAAACAGUUUCAGACGUGAUUAUGAUGGCAGAUCUGGUUUUCCAACAGCCAUGACUUGAGAUGUUUAGUAAAAGAGUGAGGGUUGGGAGUUCACAUAUGGUGCUAGGUAUUUCGUCCCAGGAUUGCGGUGCACGAAAGGAGAAUACAGCUUGACCAAAAGCACUUGAAUUAUUAAAAUGUAGCACUAGCAAAUAACAUUUUGCUUUUGCAACAUUGAACUGAAAGAAAAUUUCAAAUACUUGCGAGUUUAGGCUGCCAGUACAACCUUACCGUACAACCUUGAUCAACACAGUUUGUUCUUGUUAAUCUGCAGAAAAGAUAGUCAGCUGAGUUGGGUUUGAGUUAUCCUUAUCAAACAACAAGCAGACUGUCUCUCUGAUUGGUUCAGUAUUUCCCUGUCAGAGUGUAAGAUUAUUUUGUACAAGACAGUAGUGGUUUGUUGAUACAGAAUUUAGACUCUAGUACAAGUUGUGGGGAAACUUAAGAAGGGAUUGACAUGAGGGUGAGGGGCCUAAAUCUGGGCUGACUGCUAGAGGAUUGUAGCCUUUGUGAGUACAAACACAGUCCAUUGCUGACAGCCCAGCACCAGUUUUAUAAAAGCACAGAGUAAUGCAAGUGAAAGGGUGUGAAAAAACAAACAAACUGCAGCAUCUGUCCUUCAACAUGAAGAAUGGCAUUCCUAAUAUGGAAGUAUGGGAAAUUAUGAUCCAUCUGAAGUGCUGCGACAUGUCUUGAGGCAAGCUCAUGAGAAGUUACCUAAGAGUAGUCGAGAUGACAGAAACUCUGGCAGCAUUGGUCAAUAAGGACUAUCAAUAGCUAGUUUUUUAAGGCUGAAAUGGUAGUGAUUCGUUUGAGGUCUUACAGAUGGUAGUUAUCACUGCAGCUCCCUCUCCUCACCCCCCACAGAUUUCAUUUGGUUGUUGUGUGGAUGGGGUCAAGCGGACCAGGCAAGAUAAGAGAGUCCAUGCUGGCUCAAUUUCCCCCAGGGCUGAGAUCCUUGCAGGGCCCCCACAGAGAGUGGUCAGCAUCUACCAACCUAAGGCCGUGCGUUCAUGACCUAUAUAGCCUGAAUAUUACUCUCAUGAAGAAAUGUCUCGAGUCAGAGAGGUUGUGUUCGGUCACGCGCCACAAACUUGGUGAGCAUAAUUGCCAAAUUAAUGGCACCCAGUCCUCCCUCUGUGACUCCAGAAGAGGUAUUGACUUUAGCUUUUGGAGCUUACCCCAUGCUGGGUGACACUUGGGAUCCCCAUGACUAAUCCAAAAUCUAGGUCUAGUGCACAGGACCAGCCUUUUAACCUCCUCUAUGUCAGGAGACAUUCACUUACUUUUUCCUGCUGCAAUCUGACAGAGGUUUAUCCUCAAAUCAGAAAAAAAUCAUAAAGUCCAGUUUACAGGGUUGUUAAAAAUGAUAGAUGUAAGCUUGUCCAGCCCAGAUGUAUUCGGUGAGUUAGCAUGUUUAGGUAUCCGCUGCCCAGACUGACUUUCAUUUCUAUGGAAAAAAAGAUUAUGGAAAUGAUAUUUGGCAACUACAUUAACUAACCUUUAAGAAAAGCUUGAAGAACUAAGGUAAAAAUACAGAAGCAUGAUCUACAAAUUUCGACACAGGCUCAAAUCAGUUAAAAGACUUCUGUAUAACUUCUGUAAUCAGUGUUUGUAGGUGAAAAGAUAACAUUUCGUUCUGCUUAAACACAAAAGAAAGACAAAGAUGCAUUCUAUUUUUAAAAAAAUAGAAUAAAUGCUGGUUAAUAAACUAAAGUCAAUGCCCUAUUUUUUGUUGUAUUAAUCUCAUGUUUUAAUUUUUUCAAAAGAAAAACUUCUUAAAUAAAUUCAAAUCAACAUAUGAAAAGCGAAUUUAGCAUUUUAAGCUACACUUCAAGCUGAGUUAGAGUUAGAUGUAUAUUUAUCCUGAUUCCAGGAGGAGUAGACUUGUUGAGGAAACAAAGGGAGUAUAUAAGUUUCCAUGUGUAGAUUUAAUGGUAUAUGCCCAGGGCCUCUUGGACUGCAUAUGGGAAAAAAAGGGUGAAAUAUUUUGCCAGGGAUCAGUUGCUAAUUGGUUAUCUUUGCCCAAAUGUGUGUCGGCAGAGAUAUCAAUGAUUCCUGCUGCUUUUCAACGAGAGAGACCAACCCGCUCACCUUACCCUACAGCGAGUGGAUAAAAACGCACCAUGAUGGGAAUGAUCCUGGUCUCUUAAGCUUAAGUGAAUAUUGAUCUAAGUGUGCAGGGCUGAUAUUGAGCUCCUUAUGUUGCUAAAUCUUCAGGUACCUACCUCAGGAGAGCUUGCUGCUCUUUCUCCUGAGCACACGGUGACUGACAGUGUGACGGAUGUUAUAGACUGUUAUUCAUUGGACAGUUACACCAUUUAAUAAAUAUCAUUGACCAGAGUUGGUUGUUAGUAACUAAAUAUUUUGUACCUAAAUUCAAGAAAGUGCUGAGAAAAAUAAGUGAUCGCUUUCUUAACACACUUAUUGAGAAAUUGUGGUUUCAGUUCUUAGUCAGGGCCCAGAUGGGCGGUUGAUAUUGACAUCUUGUUUCCUUGACAUCUUGAAAGUAACUGCAACAGUAAUCCCUGUCAUUAUAUUAUUAGUCUAACUGUUCCUUGGAUUUAAAAAUAUAUACAAUCUAAAGAUCAAAUAACAGUAUUUGGCUUAUCUGGAGGAACAGUUCCUACCAAACACUGUCGUUAAACACCUCAAAAUGAUGAGUAACAUUGCCUGAAAUUGGUUUGCAUGAAAAGAGAGUUUAAAUAGACAACUACCGAAGUUGGUAAGACAAGAGUUGUAAAAGUAUGUUAGUUGUCUUUAAGUUCAUCACUGUGACUCUUUUGGUUCUACAGCUUUGGGGGCCAUGUUUGGAAAUGUCACACUGUACAGAGCAGAGUUUGAUAUAGGCUAGAAAAAGAGGAAAAAUGUGCUUUAAAGAUUGUGUUUGUUUUGACUGACUAACACAGAUUGGCUCUUUCAAAGUGUGCUGUCUAUCUAUGUUUGUAGCAAAAUGAAGGUCAUCCUAUGUUUGAACUCUAGAUCAAGGGUCUGAAGCCAAAUCCAUAAACAACGCUCUUUCCCAUAGUUUUCAAACUAGAUUGGAUUUCUGUUAUGUUUCAUACCGGAUGGUUAAUUGCUUAUUGGUGGCGUUAUCAGAAAAAUCCCUCACUCGUACUUUUGCAAUAAUACAAAGCUUUUAUUCUCUUGGUAUUACAAAUGAGCAUCAUUAUAAUAUGGAAAGUUUUAGUGUGGUUUAGGAGCAAUAAGAAAAGGUAUGAAGUUGUAGCUAAAAUUGGAAGACGAGGAAGCAACGUCACUUAUCCAAAGCGAUGUACAUACUCUAUUUGAGCUGUGGGGGGAAAGUUCAUAUUCAAAUAGAAAUGAGACGUUUAAACUCAUAAUAAUACAGUAUACCAGAGUGUCUGUAUGAUCCAGAGGAAGGUGCUUUCAUCAAAACCUGGCCAACUCAUGCACUCUUGACCUGUGUCAGCUAGUACUGUUGUUACUCUGUAAAAAUGGAGGACGUGGUCAAGCAAAGCCACACUGAGCAGACAAUCACAGCACCAAAGCAUCCGAGAAGUAUUUUGGGAUCUACACUGUAGAAGGGGAAAGUAAAAGACAAGGAUCAUAUGUAACCUUUCUAUAAAGCAGCUGUGUUACAAGUCACCUGAUGGUUGCCGUCCAUGUGUUGUGACCAAGGCACAACUCAAUGGCAAGUAUUGGGCGCCAUAUGACUGCCGCUUUUUUGCAGCAGGGCCCUUGCCAGAGACUCAUAAGAAAGCUAUCACCAAGAAGAUUGCAGUACUUGAACUUAUCCAAACAGGGGUUGUCCUGAAACACACUCUGAGCCUUUUUAAAAAGGGUGUCUCCUCAUAUCACGGCUUGUUUAUGAUGCUACUUACUAAAUAAUCACUUACUGCAAAAGUGUGUUAUCGAAAUAUCAUCACGAGCCUCUUCUACAAACUUGAGUAGUGACAAACAUGGUGGUGCAAAGAGGGCACAUUUAACAUAUUUUUAUAGACAUCAUGAUUAGUUUGAUUUAAAGUGUGAUUGAGGAUCGUUUUUGUUCUGAAAUGUGUUUUAAUUCCUUUCGCGCACAAAGUAAGAGGACACGCUCCAGUCCUGCUCAUAGACUUCAACUCUCUGUUUAACUGCUUUAUUGCAUGUAUGAUUGCUAUUUAAAUGUUAUUUUAACCUCCGUCUCUUUUCCACAGGGUGUGAUUGGUGUGCAGCUGGUGGUUACCAUGGUAAUGGCCAGUGUAAUUCAGAAAAUCAUACCUCAUUAUUCCUUUGCAAGGUGGCUACUCUGCAGUGGAAGGUAAUGUAGAAUCCUGUACAUGCAGUUUCAGAUAGUUUCUCCCGUUUUAUUUGUUAGGGUAUUUUUUUCUGUCUAAUGUAUUUAACAAAUAAGUCAAGAUAGUAGGGUUAAAAAUGUUUAUUCUGAUAUAUGAGGGUUUGAAGGGGUUUGGGUUUAAUCGAAGAAGAAGUAUUUAUCCAAUCAUAGUUGAAGAGCUAAAAAGGGCAUCAUCUUAUUGGGAUAACCAGAGAGGAUGUUGCAUGAAAAAUAAAGAGCCCGCCUCAUUUGAUUUAAUUAGCACCACAUAUGUUUUUCAGCAGCUUCAAGGAACACGUUUAAUAAUUAAUCUUUUCUUCUUUUCGGGGCACUGUUGAGAGAUUUUUCAAAAAACUUUUGCCCUCGAGCAGACGGCCCGGAGUGUCCCUCCAGAAUAUUCCUUGAUUAAUUUUCCGUAAUAAAUAAAUGUACGAGGGGAAAAACAAGCUUCGCACUUUCUACCCCGCCUCUACCACAGAGUGCUUCUCGAGAUGCUCUGUGAUGAGCGUUUCUAAACAAAGUUAAAGAGGGUCCCUGAAACGCUCGCUUACAGAGAGGAUGCUCUUGAAUUAGCUUCCAUAUCAAGCUCAGUCCUUAAGGAGAGAUAACCUUGCUUGUAGUGAAGUGCUUUUUAAAUCUGUGUCAGAGGAGCUGGUGUAAAGUAAAGCUGUUGGAAACGUCUGUAGCACAUCGUAGAGCUAAAAGCCUCUAAAUUUCUGUCCUGUUCAUACAGAGAAGGCUCAGUGUUACAAUUUUCAAGAGCAUUUUUAAGAAACAUCUGAAUACAAUUGCUUUUAAGAAGUGAUGGGAGGGGAUUUAUGCGUAAUAGAGCAGUAUUAUCAAUCGUUGAAAAGAUCGUUAGGUCUAAAUCUCUUCACAGUAUCUCUACUUCAGUAUCCAAUUGAGACAUUUUUUAUAUUUUAGUUACAGCACGCCAUGUAGGACUGGGCGAGAAACCAAAAAUUUACCGAAGCCUAAAUUUACAACAAUAACCAACGCCAUUUUGCCCAUAUUGGUGAAUUCGGUAUCAAAAAUAAACAAAUAAAAGUUGGUUGAUGAUGUGUGUAGGUAGGCUAUGGUCUCAUGUCCCUUUGAGACGUUGUCCUACAUCAGAGACAUGACUCCACCCCAUCCAGUCCGUAACAAAGAGGGAACGACAGGUGAGGAGAUGGAGGACGGUUCAAAAGCUGUAGCGGCUGAAGUAGAUGAAGUUAAUAUGGGAGGGGGUGAGCAGCUUGUGGAGUAGUUAUCGUCCAUUUAUCGUUAUGGAGGUGAACUGCUCAAUAUAUUGUGAUAUUGAUUUGACGACAUAUCGCCCAGCCCUAAUUCUUAGGUCUAAAUCUCUUCAUCAUAUCUUCCUAGAGUUCAGUAUCCAAUUGAGACAUUAAUUACAGGACACCACGGCAACAUCUUUAUUUACCUUUUAAAAUGUCUGUUUUAUCGUGUAUCCUCUCAUGUUUUCAUGGCUGUUCCUCAUCUCGCCUUCUUCUUUGUCCACAGUCUGCGGUGGUACCAGCACCCUACGGAAGAUGAGUUGAGGAGCUUAGCAGGGAAACAAAAAGGACAGAAGAGGAAAGACAGGUAAGUAGGGACGGUGAGGGAGGUGGGGUCGGAAUGAAGAAGGGCUAUUGUUUUGGGAGGGGGGGUAGAGGAGGUAUGAAAAGGCACACCUUUCAUCGGCGAGGGAAGAAAGAUGAGAAGCAGAUAUUUGAGAUGGAUGGAGACCACAGGCAUGUCAGCAAACAGAUGGAGCUGAUGUGUUUGUGUGACUCAUUUAAGGCCUGUUUGAAGUACAGAGACAGAAGUGUGUUUUUGUUGUUUUCUUUCUUCGUCGAGGCUCAGAAAGAGUCGGCUUAGAAGUGGCCCUGUCGAGUAGAUGUGAGGGAAGUUGGUUUUAGUUUGUAGGACCGAUACUACCUAAGCUAUUUUUGGGGAUGACAGUUUGGAAGGGUUGUAUCCUCUCUGAAAUCAAAGUUCCUCAAACUGCUUUAUGUCUUCAAAGUGGUCAGAUGUCAAGCUUUCGCUCCUCUUUGAGACUAUUUUGCAAUUCAAAAAAACAACAUUCAUUUUUUAAGGACUGCAGGUGGAAGCUGAACCAUAUGUCGGACACAUGAAUUUAGUGCUGUUUCCUUUGUACUCUUCUUGAAGAUUUGAAUCAGAGUCACAACUGAGAGUUAAUCCUUACUGUUCCUCAUGGUUCCCGGCGUCUAACUUAAGGAGGUUUUGUUGAACGAUCCUUUCUCUGACCCCGUAUGAGGCAGGUCAAGGCUCUCCGGCACCACAUGUCCAAUAAUCCCUCUGAAAAAGAAAAAAAAAAAAAAAAGAUGGACCACUGUCCUUUUGCCAGCUCGUGCCAUGGAGCUCUGCCGCCUUUGUUAGCCGCCUGACUUUCCCAGUCAGGGGUGAAGCUGAGCCCCUUUUUUCGCCUGUCAGGUGCCUCAGAGAUGAAAUCUGUCCGGCGCAUGUUUGGUCGGAGAGUCUUACAGUGUUAUUGUCCUGCGAGUCCUGGGCACACACAGAGCUGAGCAAACAAAGCCCAGAGCUGAGGAGGCCCACCAGACACUUCUCCAAGCUUUAAGAACAGCCCUCCAUUUGCCUGCUGUUAGCAGCUUAGCCCUGCAUAUGAGAUGGCCCUAUUGGUCAUGGUAGACUCCAGUAGUGUUAGAUGUAACGAAAGUAUUUAGACCUCUGACAACUAUUAAAUUUGAAUCCUUUACAACUUCUUUUCUCUUUAAUGACCUGUAAUGAUCCUUAACUGUGCUCUCUCUUUUAUUCCCCAUAGGAAAUACAAUGGUCACAUAGACAAUAAGCCCCUAACAGUUCCAAAGGAUAUAGAUCUGCAGCUGGAGACGAAAUGCAUCACAGAAGUCGACACAUUAGGUAUGAAUCUCUUAAAGCUAAAACAUACAAGAUUGAGCGCGUAACGUCAGCGUCGCGUAUCAUGCAGAAAAUGGUUUGCUGUUCUAAUCAAUGAGGUAUUGCAUACAGGACACAUAUACAGGAGCGCGGCACUGCUAAAGAUCUGCACCAAGUCUAUUUUUGCUGCUGUACGCUUCCAACACGCGUCAAUCCACAUAGAAAAGAUCGUUCUAGACAGAAUGUCAAGCAUGAAAACCGCACGUCAUCUGGUAUUUCAAAAUAAAACACCAUAUGUGAACUCCGGACUGUGUAUCAGUUCGUAAAGAUGAGAAAUCCUGCCUGGUUAUGGAUGCAUCAGUAACACAGAACAAUCUGAUGGUCAAUCCCUGAUCCAUGUGGACCCCAACAAGACUUUUAACUCCUAACUCUGUCUGAAAGUAACAGCACAGCAUAAAGGAACAUAACUGUCUCUUUUAAACAUGAGUAAACCUGCCAAAACCGAAACUGUAAAAUCCCGUUUUUUUUUUCUACAUAUAAUAGAGGCUCAAUGGUCACUGAAUUAUAUCCAAUUUAGCAGGAAAUCGACCACAGAAAGACAAAACAACCUGUUAUGAGCAUGUUGUUUCCUCUAUACUGAGCCCAGCUGACUGGGGCUGCUCUACGCUGCUGCUACGCUCUAAAUACACGUCCUGUUUGUGAUACCCAGCGCUGCAAAUAUGAAACGCGCUUAAUACCAAUCCUGUGUGUUUUUGGCUUUACAACUAAAAUCCUGCCUUUUGGAUUUACUUGGAUGUUUUAAUUGUUCCUUUUGCGUCCACAGCUUUGCACUACUUCCCAGAGUUCCAGUGGCUGGUGGAUUUCACAGUCGCAGCAACUCUGGUCUAUCUGAUAACGGAGCUGUACUACAGUGUGACUCAGCCCUCAGGAGAGAUGAACAUCAGCGUGGUCUGGUGUCUGCUGGUCCUGGCUUUCGUCAUGUAUCCUUAAAUCCGUCACUGUCACUUUCACCGCUGCGUUUGGUACAUUCUGUAAAUUGGCGAAACAUUUUUGUCUAUAGCUUGCCUGUAAGUCACAUUUCCAUAAUUGUACAUUGUUUACCUCUCUCUUGUAUAUAUCGUGUUGAACCUUUAUAUUUUCUUGUCUGGAAGAGACAAAACCGUUCCUGCAUGAUUGUGCGGAUGCAGCAAGGACAGGGAGAGAGUGCUCGAGCUCCUCUUGGCCCUCCUAUGCUCCACAGCCACUUGCCAUUUUGCCACGCUGAAUGAUAGUUAAAUAAUAUGCAUUACCCUCGUCACCAACCACAGGGAUCAAUCUUUCCAGUGCUCCUGGUCGGGCCCGGCUCACAGCGGUCAGAUGGUGUGUCAUUUCCUGCCCACGUCUGAGAUGGGAGGCACAAUUUUCACAGCCCACCAGCCUGAUAUGCUUGGGGAAAAGGACAGUGUGUGGAACAGAUGAAACGGGACUAUGAAGCUGAAGAUGAGGGAAUAUGUUGGCUCAAUAUAUGUGUUAAUGGGACACUUGAUUUCAGUUUUCCUAUUUCAGCUCUGAUGAUAUGUUUAAGACUCUCGCCCAGGAGAUCAGCUUUACUGCCUUAACCUUCCCUGAUAUCCCCGGAGCAGCACGCUCUGCAGGCAUCUGCAUCUUAAGGUACCCCGUUUUUUUUUUCCUCCUGUUUACUGUAAUUUAGAAAUGAGACUGCAUUUCCUCACCCUUGGCGAUUUUUUGACAGACCAGCUCCGCAGCAUAUUAAUAGCCGAUAGCUCAAACAUGACUAUUUCUCUUUUCAGCCUCAUGCUGACUUGAACUCGGCUGGUGGAUGUUUAUACAGCUGUCUUCACAGUACUAAAAAGGAGGAAAAAAGGAAAGAAAGAAGGCUUCAUUGGAUUGAAUACCAUUCUUGGACUAAAAAGGAGUGAGAAAUUGGUAGGCUGUCACCUCAAAUGUUGCAGGAACUGAGAGUUUCAUCUCUGCAGCAACCAGGGUUCGUUUAGAAACAUGCUCUGUCCUUGCCUCAUGAUCAGUGUAUACAGGGGAGGAAAAUACUAUUACAACCUCAAUGGCUCUGGUACCAAAUACCCACAUAUGCUGCAUAUCAGGACACUGAUGGGUUCAAACAGGGUCCGUAAAUAUGCACAAACUGUGUGUACUCGCACAAAGAUGAAACAUUUUUGUUGUGAAUAGCUGUGUUACUGUGUUCUGAAUGUCUUGAGUCGGUUGAUUUCUGAGACUUAUUUCUUUUUCCCUUGAACUUGUAAAACAUUUGAAAAUGUGUCUGCAAAGGGGUUUGGAUAUGCUUUAUACGCCAGUGUGCUUCUGGAGAUGUUUUUCCUUGACUAGGUCUCCACAGUAAGACUCUUUUCUCUCUGACGGCCCACUACUUCAAACUCGAGGAAGGAGGGGAGCGCUCGCUCUGCAUCACUUUUGCUUUCUUCUUUUUCGUCAAAGCCAUGGCCAUCCUCAUCGUCACUGAAAACUACCUGGAGUUUGGUCUUGAGACAGGUAAAAACAAAUGGGCAUGCAAAUAACAACCAUAUCUUAUUAGUUCGGGUCUGUGUGAGUGAGUUGCUUUCAAACAUUCGCUCUCUUCUAGGUUUUGCAAACUUCUCUGACAGUGCUUUACAGUUUCUGGAGCACCAGGGCUUGGAGUCUCAGUAAGUAUAAAAUCAGUAUUCUCACAGUGUGUUUUAUUUUUUUUGUUUUCUAUCUAGUCAUGAAUUUUUUAUGACUCAUGAAACUGCACAAGUAUCUCACUAAGAUACUUUUUUUUCUGUCACAGAGGUCCCAUAUCUAAACUCACCUUCAAGCUGAUCCUGGCCCUGCUCUGCUCCCUGAUUGGAGCGUUUCUCACCUUUCCCGGUCUCCGAUUGGCCCAAAUGCACCUGGAUGCUCUCAAUCUGACCACAGCCAAAUUUACACAGUGAGUUUGGUGGUUUCUCAUGAAUUUUUCAUAAAAUAUGUUUGAUAUCUUUUUCAUCCUUAACAAUAAGUAUGUUAAAGGUGGGAAGUCAUGGUGUCUUUGCUGAAAUAGGACCUUUUAAGAUCACCGCCCGCAGUCUUUAUGUGCUUCGUUUUCUCAUUGUAGUCGCACUAGGUUUAUACCUGCUUAAACAGCCCCUUUUAAAGCUUAUCCUUGAGUACAGGGUCAAAAGUAAGCUUUAUUUUCUUCAUAGUUAUUCGUGAAAUCAGUUAUUAUCAAACUUAAUUAAAGUUAAGUGUAAAAACUACACACAUUUGUAAUGAUUGAACACCUUUUUUUUGGAUAUUUGACAUUGAAAACACGGUGCACUAGAACCAAACUGUCCUCUCCUGAGGUACCAGAAAGACCAGAAUAUUCCAGUGUUACUUGUCUCCAACUUAUUCGGAGAAGCAAAUAGAAGAGAGAACCUUGUGAGUCAGAUGAAGACUUCUGAGCAUGGAGGAAUUUCUAUUUCCAAACUCGCUAGGUGGCAUGUCUACCACCAUGAUGGAAGGGUACAGAGCUGGGAACACAUCCCAGCCAGAUAAUCCACUUUGGCAUAGCAGAUUCCCCAAAAUGGCCUCCUCGUCCAUCCCCCCCUCUUCACUGUCAUGAGCUUACAUCCUCACACUCUGUCACUCGCGGGAUUACCUCCAAACUCUCAAAAUCUGGUCCUUGGCUAUAUUCCUACUCCAUAUGGGGAAGCUGCACAUGUGUCAUCAUUUAUUCUAUUGUUAACUUGAAAAUAAAAACAAGUAAAUAAAUAAAAUAAACUUUUAAACUUGCUUGAUUUCCACGGCUUUUAUUUUGAAGCCGAGUUAAGAACAGGUAUUUGGUAAAAGAAGUAACUUAAACAGUUCUUUAUUGGAGCUUACAUUAAACCAUUAUUGAGGGAAAAGAGACCAAGACCAACUCCUGAUACUCGGAUAAUAAAUGAAAGCAUUCCCUGAAAUAUAGAAAAACAUACAAAAAGGGGUCAUAAUUAAUUGUGGUAGAUUAUUUUUACACUUUUUAAGCUUUUCUGCUCGUUUCAUACCCAAAAAUGGUUAUAACUAUUAAGGGUGGGAAUCACUAGUGGCCCCAUGAUACAAUAUUAUCACGAUACUUGGGCCAUGAUAUGAUACUAUUGCGAUUUUUAGCAUUUUCAAUAAAGUGAGUAUUGCGAUACAAUAUAUUAAGAUUUAUAUAAUUGUUUCAACUGUUUAGCAAAUUGAGCAUUUGGCUUUCCCUUACGUUUGUCUUAUUUACACUGUAUUUUAUUGUCAGGUAGCACAUCUUGCAAACCUUAUGUCUGUUGUACUAACUUUCUCCUGCUCUAUGAUUUCACCUCUGACAACCUCACCAGACAAACAGUUGAUUUUAUUUUUCCAUUAUCAUAGAUUUGACUUCAUAUUAGCAAAUAAUUUGAAAAAAAUGAUGCCUGGUAAAUGAGACGAUACGUAAUGUCCCCGGACAAAAUAUCGCGAUACUAUGCUGUAUUGAUUUUUUUCUCCCACCCCUAAUAACCAUGUAACCAUGAGGUCUAUUUGAAUAAUGUCGGCGUCACAGUAAACGGAACAUUUGUGAGACGUGUUGAGAUUUCUUAGUAUAUGAGACGUCUAAGUCCCCCAAUGGGGAACUUUGGGGCUACAAAAGUUAACAACAUCGGGUUUCUCAACCUUUGACGAUGGAAACACCAAUAAUUUCAUGUGGAACUCAACCAUAUUGGACUGGACUGGACUGGACUGGACUGCCAGGUGGAGACAGAUGUUGGACAUUGCUUCUUAUUAAACGGGGGGUCUUGUUCUUUAUUCUCAUUUCUGCAGGACUCUUCUUCAUAUCAACUUCCUGUCCCCUCUUAUCAUGGUCCUGUUGUGGGUGAAGCCUAUUACCAAGGACUACAUCAUGAACCCCACUCUGGAGAAGGAGAGUGUGCCUUUGUAAGUAAAUGGAGUGACUUAGUUCAAACAAACCGUGUGUGAUCCAGAAAUAUCUGAUAAGACACAUCAUGAAUAAACAUUUAAUAACAUUAAAAAAAGGAAGAAAAAUUCUCGUACACAGGUUUUGUUGUGGGUAAAGUCAGCAUCCUGUUAAUUAAAACAUUUCCUGCUAAUAGUUCCUAACUAGCUCUGUGAUAAACUGCUCUGUAAGGACGAGCUAAACAUUUCACAGAAACUACAUUGUGCUGAAGGUGUUUUUGCCUGCAUCCUCCGCUGAUUGAUCUGCACUUUGUAGACAAGCCAGUCGGGCUCCUUUUGAUAUCUAGCGAGCUAAUUACCUGCCAUUCAAACAAGAGGAACGGGACAUUGUAGCAGAGCAGUGAAAAUAUAAGUAAUUGUUGCUUUUGUGCGGGGAAAUGGGUGUAAACAAUGCAACAGCAGUUAUGAAAAUGGAAUUUACAGCAGUUCAAUGAGAUAAGGAAUGCAUUCAGCUUGUAGAUUAAGUCACAAUGCAUGCGUUGUCUGCUUGGUUUAAAAUUAGACUGUAAACAAAUUUAGUCAUACCUCAGGGAAGGCUCUUUAUUGUAUCUCUAACUGCUGUCGUUUGUUUGGUAGUUGUUCAUUUGAAGAUAAAAUCUUUCAUUUGUUGCCAUCUUCAAAUCUGUCAUAUGUCAAAGUUUUUUUCCUGCUGCUGACAAAGACUGUGAAUUCAGGAUUUGUUCUUGUACCACCGAUCUCCCUCUCUGUACUUUCACUAAGUUGUUUGAGCCCUCUCGCCCUCUGUAUUCUCCUGUCUGUGACAACAAUCCAAGUAACACAACAGCGGUAAUUUCAUCGGCAGUCACACCUUCAUCAUUCAACUUCUUCCGCUCAUUCUUGUCUUGCGCACCAGGAUGACUGAGCAGACGUUCGACACGCUGCGGUUAUGGACCAUCAUACUGAUGUGUGUUCUCCGGCUGGCGAUGAUGAGGCAUCAUUUGCAGGCCUACCUCAACCUGGCCCAGAAGGGUGUGGACCAGAUGAAGAAGGAGGCGGGGCGGAUAAGUACCGUCGACCUGCAGAAGAUGGUGAAUAAGAUGAAACAGUCUUGGCAAUAUUAAUUCAUUCUCACAUCAGUUGGAAAAAAACAACAAAAUUAUGAAUUGAUCCCAUUUGCACACGCUGAGCUGUUAAGAGGACCAUAAGGCAGAGUUAGAAUCUGCAAUUCCACAGUCACAACUUAGAUGGAGCCAACCUGCUGGUUUUUGCAGGGGUGGAGAAAUUUAGAUGUAAGCCACUUUCACUUUAUUAUGAGCAACACAUUUUGUGUUCUGUCUUUGUGAAUUAAGGAACAGAGAGCUCGAACCGUAGUCGUCUGCACUCUGAACAUACAUUAUGCAGGGCGCACGCAGCCCACCUGGGGUGCUCUUGGAAAUUGGAGAGAUUAUCACUGAGUGUGUUAAGGAUCGGCAUCACUUGCCAAACACAUCAUCUCCUAUCGUUUCUUUUUUGAAGCCCCCCUUUUCUCACACGAGCUUCUGUCAGCCAAGGUUUAACCGUCUGGUUCAGCGCAGAGUCGCUCCUCAAGUUCGAACACGUGAUUCUGUGAGAAAAGUGACACAAAAAUUAGAGACGCUAAUCCUCCCUCUCUGAUUUCUCCCAGGUUGCACGUGUUUUUUACUAUUUGUGUGUAAUCGCACUACAGUAUGUGGCGCCGCUGGUGAUGCUGCUUCAUACGACUUUGCUGCUAAAAACGUUAGGUCAGUAACUCAACUAUUUGAUAAAUUUCUAAAAUAUCUCUCUUUCCAAAGUUUGACUCCAUCGUCCUCUUGUUUCAUUUCUAACAGGAGGACACUCCUGGUGGGUCUACCCCGAAGAAGACCUACCGUGUAUAUAUGAACUGAACUCUGACUCUGUGAUGGGGGCACCACCUGUAGCUGCCCCAACACCAGCUUCAGUUGUAGAAACAGGCGCCAGGGCGUCAGUGACCCAGCUGUCAGUGGCCCUGGGGGGACUGCGGACUGUCUUCAGCCCCUUACUUUUCCGGGGCCUCUUCUCCUUCUUCACCUGGUGGAUCGCCGCCUGUCUGUUCUCCACGUCCCUCUUCGGCCUCUUCUACCAUCAGUAUCUCAUGGCCGCAUAGCAUCAGCAACCCGACUGUGGCAGCCCGACGACCACCCCCGAGGCUGCUGUGUGUUCAGCCCUGUCAGAAAGGACUGAGUGGGGGCAGCGAGGACCUCUUGAUGUCUCCGUUCCAGAACUCCUCCUCUCCUUCCUUCCUCCGUCCCUCCGACAACCUCACAAUGACUCACCAUAUCAUCAGACUUCCUGUGCUUCCUCCACAGAUGACUCUGUGAACUCAUUUCAUUGUUUGUACUACAACCACUACCUUUUUUUAUUAAGCGAGCCGGAUUUCUAAAGUACGAGUAUGACGAAUAUUAUCAGUGUAGUAGUGUGUUGGUCCAAUGUGCUGAAGGCAUCGAAGUAAGCUGAGGUUCAGAUUAGUCGUAGGUGUGGAAAAGGGGAAAAACUGCUCAAUUCUUCCAAAUUCAAAGAUGCCAGAUUAGAGAGGAAUAAUAAUGUUCUCUUUAUGUUAUGAUUUCGAUCAUCUGAAGAUUCAUGAUUUCCUCAAACGAAGGAGAAAGUGUCAAGUUUGUGUCUGUUUUCUUUUAUAUACAUCUGUUGUCAGUGGUACUCAAAAGUAUUAGUAGAUGAUGUUUAUGAAUUUCCAAGAUAUUUAAGCAACUCCACAUGAACGGACUGAUUCAAGAGCGCUACUUUGAUACAGUGGAAUACUGUAAACGAUGAUUUAAAACCUAAAUUAAUCUUUUAUUUUCACUUCUUUUAAAGACUGCCUUACUUCUGCCCUCGUUUCUUUUUUUUUAAAUCAAAAUAUUUAAACUUUCUGUAUUCAAGCAAAAUUCUUGAUUGUGCAACAUCCAAAUUCCAUCGAAAGGGUCUCAGAGUCUUAACAUGUUGCAGUGAGGAUCACCAUGUCUGUCUUUUCAUGAGGAAGAAGAAGAGGAAGAGGAGGAUGAGGAUGAGGAGGAGGGGCUGCCUGUGGAAGGUUGUGCAGAGCUGUCAGGAUUAUAGAGUGGACAACCGGAGGAGGAAGAGGAUGAGGAGAUGCUGAACUCACUGGGAGAAAUACGAUUGACUUGAAGCUGAUAUAUUUAAAUGUUUCCAGUGGAACUUUUCAUCAAGGAAGAACUUACGGUUGUUGUUUUUUUUUUUGUUCAAUAGAAGGAGAUCCAACAGAUUUGAGGUUUUGUUUGUAACCUCCUUGGUGUUAACUGAGCCAUUUCAGAAGCUAUGAAAGGAUUGAAGCUCAUUUUUGAGCAGCAGUGAUGAUUUAAAGGGAGGACAGCACAUGUAUGUGUGUGUGUGUGGGUGCGUGUCUGUGUGUGUGUGUAUGUAUGUGUGUAUCCGUCUGCAUGUAUAGGGUCUCUGCUGUAAUCUGAAAGGGCAUUGCGAUCAAGAGGAGAUGAUGUCAACUACUGUUGAUGAGCUAACGCCUUUAUGUUCUCAUUUUCUGUUUUGAAGACUUUUUUUCCCAUCUAUAGUUUUUAAACUAACUUAUGAACAGUCUUUUCAUUUUGUUUUUAUUCUUCUUUCAAAGGAUCAAAUUGUGAAUUUUUAAAAAUUCAGAUUUUUUUAAAACAGUGCCAAGUGAGUCUGUUCCCCUGUCCUUAAUGUCUGUAGAUGUGGUGUCUGCUUGUGUUUGUAACUCUGGACUCUGGACUCUGGACUCGGCGGCCCUCUGUUUUUGUGGAUCCAUCACGGGCUCUCCUUCAUACUUACAGUGUCUUUGUGAUUCUCUGGAGGCUUAAUGUACACACAAACAUGAGCAAUGUGCUGACAAAGCACAGGGGGUCAACGUGACGUCCAGUCUGUUCGGGAAUGUAGGGUACAUGAUGCCAGGUUUACCACACAACCUGGCGGGGUUUCUCUCGAUCACAGGACUGUACUUUUUCAAUUCCAACUCUAUGAGUUUUAUACCAACACAUUUUACAAAUCCAAGCAGCACCAUGUCACAUUUCUAAGCUCCUGAUGUUGAAAGUCUUAGCUUCUGUCUUAUUUCUUUUAAACGACAGGGAAUAUUAUGCACAUAAUGAAUGUAUCAAUCCUGCCUAAUUUCUAGAUUGUUUUCAUGAAAAUGAUUCGUUUGAGUUGAUUUAACCUCCCCCCCCCUCUCCCCUCGCACUUCCCGAACACAAUCCUUGUCUACUAUCAUCUACCUAAUUUGUCCUAAUGACGUUUUUUUUUAUGAUGAUUUCUCUUUGUUUUUGUAUUUAUUACACAUGUCGAGGCCUGUAAACAUUUCUUCUUUUAACAGCAAACAUUUUAUUUUGUUGUGGGAGUUCAUGAUGGCUGAAAUCAGUUUGAAACGUGUUCGACAAAUCAGUUACAGAUUAACCUGUUUGAUUUUUUUUUAAUGCUCUGGUCCGUUAAGAAGUACCUGGGAUACUUUCAGAAAGCAGUGGCCCCGUGUGGCACUGUUUUUCUGUUUGUUACCGCUGAAAGUGUUUAUUUUUCACUGUUGGGUAUAACAAGUAAAUUCCACACAUUGUUCUCUCAUGUAUUUAUUUCAGCUUUAGUUCUUGUCUUAAAUAAAUUAUGUUCUUUACUACGUC